AUGAAGAGUUCCCAGUUUGAAGGAGACACACUGGUGUGCCAGCCUCAGCCGUCCUGUGCAGAGUGUUUGAGGAGUCCAGGAUGUGCAUGGUGUAAGCAGAAGGACUUCCUGAAAAAGGGCGAAUCCAAUGAGCGCCGCUGUGACUCCCCUAAGUCACUCACCAGCCGAGGCUGCGGCAAGGACCAUGUGAUCGACCCCCAAGCUGACGUUAUUGUUCAGAAGAACAGUGACCUCAGCAGUUCCCAUGACAACGUGGUACAGCUUAAACCACAAAACCUCCAUUUCAAACUCAGAGUUGGUGUGCCAAAAACGUUUAAUGUUUCGUUUAAGCGAGCAGAAGGUUAUCCUAUAGAUUUGUAUUACCUGAUGGAUCUGAGUUACUCGAUGAAAGACGACCUGGAGAAGGUGAAGAACUUGGGUCAGGACAUCCUGGAGAUGUUACGGAAGGAAACCCAAGACGUUCGCAUUGGCUUCGGCUCAUUCGUGGAUAAGGAGACGUUACCGUAUGUCAGCCAGGCCCCGUCCAGGAGAAGGAACCCCUGCCCCACCCGAACGGACACCUGCCAACCUGCCUUCACCUUCCAGAACGUCCAGCCACUCACAAGCAAUGCGGCGGAGUUCAAGGAGAAAGUCAGCAAGCAAAGGAUCUCUGGUAACCUGGACUCACCUGAGGCUGGGCUCGACGCAAUCAUGCAAGCGGUCGUCUGCAAAACGGAGAUUGGUUGGAGAAACGUCACAAAGAUCUUGGUCUACACAUCAGACGAUACCUUCCACAUAGCAGGAGACGGGCGGCUUGCUGGAAUCUACAGUCCAAAUGAUGGACGCUGCCACCUCAGCGGAGCCGGAGCCUACACCGGCAUAGGCUAUGAUUACCCCUCGGUUGGUCACCUGUCCAGCAUCCUGCAGAAAAACCUUAUGCAGGUGAUAUUUGCUGUGACGGAGAAGAGCUUUCCUGCCUAUCAGGCGUUGAAGCCAUUGAUUCCUCAGUCUGCAGUUGGGAUGUUGAAAGAUGAUUCCAGUAACGUGGUUCAGCUCAUUCAUGAGGCCUAUGGGAACUUGUCCUCCACCGUUGUCCUGGAGCAAGACCGUCAGGUUGCAGGUCUGAACAUUGGCUACAGUUCGCACUGUGCUCCGGGAGCACACAGCACAUGGCAGAGUAAAGGAGAGUGCAAAGACAUCAAGGCCAACCAGCAGGUGGACUUUACUGUGCGUCUGACUGCGACAGCGUGUGUGAGCGAGACUUUUCACAUCAAAGUGCAGGGUAUCAGUGAGUCCUUACUGGUUACCGUGGAAACCUUGUGUGAGUGUGCCUGUAAUGAUGUGGAGGAGAAGUCAGAGCACUGUGGAGGCAAUGGUACACUGUCUUGUGGAGUAUGCAGUUGCAAUGAAGACCGGCUGGGUCAGCAGUGUGAGUGUGAGCGACAGACAGACACAGACUCCACUCUGGCCAUGCUGGGCUCCUGUCGGCAGGCCAACAGCUCCCAGGUGUGCAGCGGACAGGGCACCUGCGAGUGUGGGAAAUGCUCGUGUCGUGGAGCGUACCGCGGAGACUACUGCGAAUGCGAUGACAGCAGCUGCGAACUACGUGAUGGCAAACUCUGCAGCGGCCAUGGUCGCUGUAUCUGUGGUGAAUGUAAGUGUGAGGGUAAGUACACAGGCUCUGCGUGUGAGUGCUCUCCACAUCAGGAUAAAUGUCACAGUGCAAAUGGGAACCUGUGUCACAACCUUGGGCCAUGUCGCUGUAACCGCUGUGAGUGCCCACAGGGCAUGGAGGGAAACAACUGCUCAAGAAUCGUCACCCCCUGCAAAAACAUCGCAUAUCAGGACUGCGUUGUGUGUACUUUUGGAGGUCGCGAUUGUUCUGCUGUUUGUAAGUCUUUUAAGACCGAACUGCUGGAUGGAACCCCUGACCUGGAGUGUCCUCACAAAGACGGCUUUACCUACCACGUCGACUUUGACGAGGACGACACCAUCCUCAUCAAGUACGCAGCAGUGCCACAAACCGUAGAUAAGACGUAUGUGAUUAUUGGGAGCUCUGUAUCCGGAAUCAUUUUUAUCGGCAUCGCCAUCAUAAUUGUCUAUAAAAUCCUGCUGGAGCUUUAUGACCUCCGGGAAUACCGCAGUUUUCUCCGAGCUCAGGAGCAAACCGACUGGAAAGAUACACACAACCCUCUGUUCCAGGGAGCCACAACAACAGUCAUGAAUCCCCUCCACACUCAGGAUGGCUAA